CAGGAGGCAGCGGAGAGAGACCCGACAGCAGAGCAGCAGAAUCAUGAAGGCACUGAGUGUCCUACACCGGGCUGCGAACACCCUGCUCAGCCAUCCCGGGGACCGGGGAACUCUACUGACAAGGUGUGGGAUAAGCGGCGCCUCGACGUUAAAUAACAAGAUCCAGCCAGGGUUCGGUCUGCUGUUUGACAUCGAUGGGGUGCUGGUCCGGGGGAAGACUCCUAUUCCAGCUGCUAAAAAGGCCUUCCAGAAGUUGGUGGACUCCAGAGGACAGUUCUUGGUUCCUGUGGUGUUCGUCACCAACGCUGGAAACUGUCUCCGUCAGAAGAAGGCUGAUCAACUGUCUCAAAUACUGGGAGUGCCUAUCUCCCAGGACCAGGUGAUGCUGUCUCACAGUCCUCUCAGGAUGUUCACGAAGUACCAUGAGAAAUGUGUUCUGGUGUCAGGACAAGGACCUGUACUGGAUAUCGCUAACAAUCUGGGCUUCCAGAAUGUGGUGAGCAUCGACAUGUUGAGAGACUACUUCCCCCUGCUGGAUAUGGUGGACCACAACAGACGACCCAAACUACCAUCUUCACCUAUUGUGAAUCUCCCUAUAGUUCAAGCUGUCAUCCUGUUCGGCGAGCCAAUCCGAUGGGAGAGCAACCUGCAGCUAAUCAUUGAUGUGUUGCUGACCAAUGGGAGCCUGGGUAACGCCCAUGAGAUGCGUCACUCCUCCCACCUGCCGCUGCUGGCCUGUAACAUGGACCUGAUGUGGAUGGCCGAGGCCCAGUCUCCACGGUUUGGCCACGGGAUGUUCCUUGUGUGUCUGGAGAACAUCUACAGGAAGAUAACGGGUCAGGAGCUGAAGUACGAAGCUCUGAUGGGGAAACCUUCUGAACUAACAUAUCACUUCGCUGAGUACCUCAUCAGGGAGCAGGCUGCAGAGAGAGGCUGGAGGACACCUAUAAGAACACUCUACGCUAUCGGAGACAACCUGAUGACAGAUAUCUAUGGAGCCAACCUGUAUAACCGCUAUCUGGAGGAAAGGGUCCGGACCAGGCAGACUGCUGCCCAAGUAGUGCAGGCCACGGUGGAGGGUACAGGGGGCGGAGGGUCCCCUAAAGCCCUUCUCCAGGACCAGGACAUGGAAAGUGCCUUGGAGAGCGAGCUGGCCUCCCCCUCCGCCACCUCCUGUAAAUCCCUGCUGGUAUGUACCGGUGUCUAUAACCCCCACAGCGAGGUGCCGGCUGAUGCCAGCCACAGCAUCACAGAGACUGUGUUCCAUGGUCACCGGGACUUCCGCUUCGACCCGGCCCUGAUGGAACCAGGACACAUCGUAGAGGACGUACACAACGCUGUGGAACUCAUCUGUCAACAGGAGAACUUUGUUUCUACUAGGCAUUGACCUGUAGAAUAGCAUUAGAGUUGUAUAACUUUGUACGUCCAAAAUGACCCUAUUCCCUGUGUAGUUCAAAAGAUAGGGAAUAUGGUGCCAUUUCAUAUUUGUAUAUCACAUCCCAGUGAGGAUGGUUUCAGGGUUAAAAACUGAGGAAGUAGAAACAGUAGAAAUAGUAGAGUCUGAGACUGUAGAAACAGUAGUCUGAGACUGUAGAAACAGUAGUCUGAGACUGUAGAAACAGUAGAGUCUGAGACUGUAGAAAUAGCAGAGUCUGAGACUGUAAAAACAGUAGAGUCUGAGACUGUAGAAACAGUAGAGUCUGAGACUGUAGAAACAGUAGUCUGAGACUGUAGAAACAGUCGUCUGAGACUGUAGAAACAGUAGAGUCUGAGACUGUAGAAAUAGCAGAGUCAGACUGUAGAAACAGUAGUCUGAGACUGUAGAAACAGUAGUCUGAGACUGUAGAAAUAGUAGUCUGAGACUGUAGAAAUAGUAGUCUGAGACUGUAGAAACAGUAGUCUGAGACUGUAGAAAUAGUAGUCUGAGACUGUAGAAAUAGUAGUCUGAGACUGUAGAAACAGUAGUCUGAGACUGUAGAAACAGUAGUCUGAGACUGUAGAACCAGUAGUCUGAGACUGUAGAAAUAGCAGAGUCAGACUGUAGAAACAGUAGUCUGAGACUGUAGAAACAGUAGUCUGAGACUGUAGAAAUAGUAGUCUGAGACUGUAGAAACAGACGUCUGAGACUGUAGAAACAGUAGAGUCUGAGACUGUAGAAAUAGCAGAGUCAGACUGUAGAAACAGUAGUCUGAGACUGUAGAAACAGUAGUCUGAGACUGUAGAAACAGUAGUCUGAGACUGUAGAAACAGUAGAGUCUGAGACUGUAGAAACAGUAGUCUGAGACUGUAGAAACAGUAGUCAGACUGUAGAAACAGUAGUCUGAGACUAGAAAUAGCAGAGUCAGACUGUAGAAACAGUAGUCUGAGACUGUAGAAACAGAAUAAACAGUAGUCUAAGACUGUAGAAACAGUAGAAACAGUGGUCUAAGACUGUAGAAAUAGUAGAGUGUGAGACUGUAGAAACAGUAGAGUCUGAGACUGUAGAAACAGUAGUCUGAGACUGUAGAAACAGUAGAGUCUGAGACUGUAGAAACAGUAGAGUCUGAGACUGUAGAAACAGUAGUCUGAUACUGUAGAAACAGUUGAGUCUGAGACUGUAGAAACAGUAGAGUCUGAGACUGUAGAAACAGAAUAAACAGUAGUCUGAGACUGUAAAAACAGUUGAGUCUGAGACUGUAGAAACAGUAGUCUGAGACUGUAGAAACAGUAGUCUGAGACUGUAGAAACAGUAGAGUCUGAGACUGUAGAAACAGUAGUCUGAUACUGUAGAAACAGUUGAGUCUGAGACUGUAGAAACAGUAGAGUCUGAGACUGUAGAAACAGAAUAAACAGUAGUCUGAGACUGUAAAAACAGUUGAGUCUGAGACUGUAGAAACAGUAGUCUGAGACUGUAGAAACAGUAGAGUCUGAGACUGUAGAAACAAUAGAGUCUGAGACUGUAGAAACAGUAGUCUGAGACUGUAGAAACAGUUGAGUCUGAGACUGUAGAAACAGUAGAGUCUGAGACUGUAGAAACAGAAUAAACAGUAGUCUGAGACUGUAAAAACAGUUGAGUCUGAGACUGUAGAAACAGUAGUCUGAGACUGUAGAAACAGUAGAGUCUGAGACUGUAGAAACAAUAGAGUCUGAGACUGUAGAAACAGUAGUCUGAGACUGUAGAAAUAGUAGAGUCUGAGACUGUAGAAACAGUAGUCUUGAGACUGUAGAAACAGUAGAGUCUGAGACUGUAGAAACAGUAGUCUGAGACUGUAGAAAUAGUAGAGUCUGAGACUGUAGAAACAGUAGUCUGAGACUGUAGAAAUAGUAGUCUGAGACUGUAGAAACAGUAGAGUCUGAGACUGUAGAAACAGUAGAGUCUGAGACUGUAGAAACAGUAGGGUCUGAGACUAUAGAAAGAGUAGAAACAUAGUUCUUGAAAUUUUCCAGAUUGACUGACCUUCAUGUCUUAAAGUAAUGAUGGACUGUCGUUUCUCUUUGCUUAUUUGAGCUGUUCUUGCCAUAAUGUGGACUUGGGUAUUUUACCAAAUAGGGCUAUCUUCUGUAUACCACCCCUAUCUUGUCACAACACAACUGAUUGGCUCAAACGCAUUAAGAAGGAAAGAUAUUCCACAAAUUAACAAGGCACACCUGUUAAUUUAAAUGCAUUCCAGGUGACUACCUCAUGAAGCUGGUUGAGAGAAUGUCAAGAGUGUGCAAAGCUGUCAUCAAGUCAAAGGGUGGCUACUUUGAAGAAUCUCAAAUAUAAAAUAUAUUAUGAUUUGUUUAACACUUUUUUUGGUUACUACAUGAUUCCAUAUCUGUUAUUUCAGAGUUUUUAUGUCUUCACUAUUAUUCUACAAUGUAGAAAAUAGUAAAAAAUAAAGAAAAACCCUGGAGUGAGUAGCUGUGUCCAAACCUUCGACGGGUACUAUAUUUGAUCAGGUUACUUUUCAAAACGAUAGAAAAGCAGGUAGACUUUGCGUUGAGGGCAGGUAGAUACCAGAUAUGUGAUAGCAUGAUCAGUUGAAGGCAUUCAGUUGUACAACUGACUAGGUAUCCCCCUUUCCCUUAAUUGUAAAUAACUGCAUCGACUGUACUGAAAACAAAAGCAACAAUGCACUGUUAGAGAGUAGUAAGUCUUUGUCCUGUAUAUCUGAAUGGGUCUGACUGAUCGUGAACAGUACAGCGUGGCUGCCUGUACUAGCUGUUGUACCAUGACCAGAUAGGUCCUGUCCCUGGUCAGAUAAUGGUUUCAUAUGCACUUAUGUCAGGUCAUGCCAUCAGAAAUGAAAGCAUAAGAGUAGAAUAGUGCAUUAGUCUUCUAGAACAGUCCUGUACUGUAUGCAGUAAAACAUUGGGUAUGGUUUUCUUUUAUAGUGCCUUAAGCUGAAAGAUAUUUUAUACUUACACUAAGUACAUAUGUUCACAUAUUUGUGCAUGUCAUAGGAUCUGCAAUGCAUGCAUUUAUAUUACUUUAUGUCAUUGUAUGAAAUAAUCUUUUCCAUGUAUAAAAUGUUAAGUUAAAUGAAAUGUCAAGGUAUUUAAACGGAUUACAGAUAUUGUAACUUUAUUGAAGACAGAUACUGUGAUUAUGGCACAUCAGUCACGUUUAUACCUGGUUCUAAUGUGCGUCCUUUUGUCCUUAUCUUGUCCACAUUCUGAUUGUGCCCACAUUUUUAGAUGAAUAAAAGACGCAUUGUGAACAGAUUUUGAUCAGAUGUUAUAAGUGUAAACAGGCAAGAUCCGGAUGAAGGACACGUUAGCAGCAGGUAUAAACGGGGCUAGAGAAGGUGACCACUGUAUAGUAACUGCAUGUAUAGGCUAUGAUAUUCAUUUUAUUAACAAGUUAAGAUGAACAAUAUUUAUCUAAUUUGCUAUUGUCGAUAAAAGACAAAUAACCUGAACUGGUUUCCCU